AUGAAACCAGCUUUGGAGGUUUCGUCUAUGGCGAGACUUCCGACACCAUUUUUACUACGAUCCUUGGUCUUAACCUCCUUAAUGUCGUCCAACCUUUUCCUUCGACCCGCCCUAGCCCUGCUGAAAGUUCUCACCACUUCGAAGUCUAUUUUCCUGAACCCAGAUCGGAACCCUAUAUUGAACAGACUUCUCCGAUGGACAGUUUACAAUCACUUUUGUGCGGGAACAAAUCACCGAGAAGUCUCGAAAACUGUUGCGGAAGUGAAGAAAAUUGGAUACCAAGGUGUCAUACUGGGAUACUCGAAGGAGAUCGUGUUGGAUCCCAACGAGAAGCUGGCUGUGGACGAGACUGGUUCCACUCAUUAUAGCGAGAGAUGCUAUGAAGUAGUGGAAGAAUGGAAACAAGGCACUUUGGAGACUCUGCGUAUGGUAGGAUCCGGUGACUUUCUUGCUGUGAAACUGACUGGAGCUGGUCCAAUAGCUGUCGAUGCUAUGAGGGCGCGCUGGCCCAUGCCGGAGGUGAUGGCAAAAGCCGUGGAUGAGAUCUGUGCUGCAUCUAUAGAGCAGGGAUCUCGACUCUGGCUGGACGCUGAACAACAAAUUCUCCAACGCGGCCUGGAUGACUGGGCUAUUGAGAUAAUGCGCAAACACAACCGUGAGAAAACACCCUUGGUCUAUAACACUAUUCAGGGCUAUCUCAAGGAAUCGAAGGCAAACCUCGACUAUCAUAUUACACUGGCCGCCAAAGAAGGCUGGUCUUUGGGAAUCAAGUUGGUACGAGGCGCGUACAUUGAACAUGAGGUUCGCUCUCUUAUCCACGAUACCAAGGAGGAAACGGAUCAGUCCUACGAUUUGAUUGCAGAUACUCUGAUCUGUCGAAACCUUCCAGAAGAAGCUAAAGAUCUGCAAUUCCCCUCCGCUGCCCUCUUCCUGGCCACCCACAAUGCGGCCAGUGCAGCAAAGGCCAUUGCUACCCACCAAGGACGUCUUCAUACAAAGCAGCCUACAAUUCCGCUUGAAUGUGGACAGAUACAAGGAAUGGCUGACGAGUUGGGUUGUGAACUGGUGCAAAAUUAUGAACAGGCUUUAGCCCAGUCCUCUAUGUCGAACGUGACUGUUCCUAAAGCUUUUAAGUGUAUGGCGUGGGGUUCUGUUGCGGAAUGCAUGGGGUAUUUGCACCGUCGGGCAAUCGAAAACCGAGGUGCGGUUGAGCGUACACAUCAUAUGGCGGAUGCUUUGCGAAAAGAGAUGUGGCGAAGGAUGUUUGCGCGAGCCUGA